AAAGAAUUGCACUACGUAUUUAAAUAUGAUUCCAUUUUUUACAUUAUGUCGAUCAUGAAAUUUCUAGGAUAAAAAAAAAAAAAAAAAGGAACAAUGUUUAAAGGACGGAGGGAAUUCGAUGCAAGUAUAAUAUUACGAGUACAUAAUAAGAACAAAGAGAAAUACUUGGCUAACCUAUAACCAUUCAUCCACCACCCACACGUGCCACCUUUUAAGCCCACAUGAGUCGCCCCUUAUAGAUAAAACCAUCUCCUCCCAUGCAAUAACAGCCCUCUCUUUUCUCCGAACUAAAUAAUUAAUAAAGGAAAAACAAAAAUUCUCCAAUAACUAAUUUUUCUUAAGUGAGGAGAGAUUAUGGGGUGUGCAACAUCUAAGAAAGUAGAUGGUACAGCCCCGUAUAUCUACCGUCCACCACCAUCAAGUUUCGCGGUGUUCGAUAUCAACGCCAUUGAAGAGCCUUGGCUUAAGCUAGAUAAUGCUGCACAAUUAGAUGAUCAGCAGAAAUCUUCGCACGUGCCAGCUCACGUGCUUGAGAAGCUCGACACGUUUGAGAAGGAAGCCUCUGACGGGCCUCGCACGUGGGAGGAAGUCAGCAAGGAAUUGUUGGAAGAAAAUCUCAAGAGGCCCGCCGCUGCUAAGCCGAAGCCCGACCCGAACCCGAAUCCAGGCCCGAACUCGGGUAUUAAGAUGAACUUCUCGUUUCAUACGCUUGAGGAAUUGGAAACGAAGAAGUAUGAUGAUACGAAGCAGAUGAAAGCUGAGUCGACUCAGGACGAGUCGUCAGGGAAUAACGAAGCGAAGAAGCAGCUGAAUCGGUUGAGGAAGUCUGGGUUGACCCGAGACGAGUCGGAGUCGUUGGAGGUUCAGGUUCCGGUUUCGGGUAAGAUUGGCGGUUCUUUGAAGGCCAACCCGUUUAUACUGAGAGACAGGUUGGAGAAGGAAAAGGAAGGAAAAGAAGCGGUGUUUGAUAAGAUAAUGAAGAGUAAAAGGGACCCUCUUAGCGACUUUCCCGAGAUGUGCCCUCCUGGUGGAGCCCACUUAGUGGUGCUCUAUACGACGUCGUUGGGUGGAGUAAGGAGGACUUUUGAGGAUUGUAACCGAGUUAGGAUGAUCCUAGAGAAUCAUCGUGUCGUGUUUGAUGAACGGGACGUGUCGUUACACGCCCCAUUUCUAGGGGAGUUGAAGGAGUUAGUGAGCAACGGGGAUGGGGCAGGAGUCCCCUGCCCCGUCCCCGUGCCGAGGUUGUUUGUGAAAGGAAGGUACUUAGGAGGAGCGGAGGAGGUGGUGGAGCUAAACGAAUCGGGGCGACUUGGGAGGAUAAUGAGUUCGGCACGAGUAGAGAGGGGGCUUGGUUGGCAAGGAUGUGAAGGGUGUGGUGGGGCAAGGUUCGUGCCUUGUAUGGAAUGUGGAGGGAGUUGCAAGAAGAUAGUUGGAGAUGAGAAGGAAAGGUGUCCCAAGUGUAAUGAAAAUGGGUUGGUUCAUUGUCCUCUUUGCCACAAAUGAAGUCAAAGAUAAGUGUGUUAAAGAUGUUAAGAAAAAUGUUUAGAUCACAAUUAAUCUUUUAAUUACUACUAGUAUGAUCGAGAGUACAACAACAUAUUAAUUAGGUUGCCUACUCUUUACAUAAGUUUUUUCCUUCUUUUUUUUGGGAAACUUUUUACAUAAGUAUUAUUACCAAUAUGUUGUAGAUUAAGAUUGUGUAGGAAUGUUAAAUUUGGUAUCUCUCGUCUAAAAUUUUGUCAUUUUCAUACGGAGUGUUCGUUACCGUUUUAUGUAUAUGGCUCCAAGUAAAAUGGAAAUACACAAAAUGAACUUUUGUA